AUGUUCAUCCCAGGGUCUCGGUUCUCAACGCAACUUGGUUUCCUUGGUUCAUGCCGUGUCUCUACUAACGAGUACGAGUCCCUUCGUUAUUUGUAUGUAAUCCCACCCCCUCCAACUGACGUCGCCUCUCUCUUCCACCCCGCCCGAUCCUUGUACGAGUUACUUCUUUCCCAGGAGAGCUCUUCUCGGCUUCUUCUUCAUUCUUCUUCCCUCUCCAGCCGUUCCCUUUUAAAACAUUGUCGAGCUUCACCCGAAAGUCGUCACCGCACUCGAUCACACAGAACCCCCCCAAAAAGGAAAACCACUUCUCGAAAUGGACAACAUCAGAGCAAAGUUGAAGCGUAG